CUCUCUCUCUCUCUCUAAAGAAGCAUGAAACUGAUACACAAGUUGCUGAACUUGGUUCUCCCUCUAAUCACUCUCCUUGCUAUAUGUCUCAUACUACCUUUUCUCUCCAUUUUCAGGUUCGUUCAUUGGAUCUUCAGAUACCUCUUCCCUGAGAAUUUGAAGGGAAAAGUUGUUCUCAUCACUGGUGCAUCUUCGGGCAUUGGCGAGCACCUUGCAUAUGAAUAUGCACAGAAAGGAGCCUAUCUAGGCCUGGUUGCAAGAAGAGAGGACAACCUUAGGGAAGUUGCAGACAGGGCUGCUCAACUUGGCUCCCCUGAUGUGUUAGUUAUUCGUGCGGAUGUCUCGAAAGUUGAUCAAUGCAAGCAAUUCAUCGACGUAGUAGUGAAUCAUUUUGGCCGACUGGAUCAUUUGGUAUGCAAUGCGGGGAUCGGUGUUCAUUGCGCCUUUGAAGAUGCACCUAAUGUCACAAAUUUUGUACAAGUAAUGGAUGUGAACUUCUGGGGAUCAAUCUAUCCCACGUAUUUUGCAAUUCCUUACCUCAAAAGGUUCAAAGGCAAGAUUGUUGUGACUGCUUCUGUAGCUGGGUGGAUGAUCCAACCAAGGGGUAGUGUCUAUUGUGCAAGCAAAGCUGCAUUAAUACAGUUCUAUGACAAUUUGAGAGUUGAAUUGGCUCCAAAUGUUUCGAUAACAAUAGUUAGUCCUGGUUUUGUGGACUCAGAACUUACGCGAGGAAAACUUCUAACCAAGCGAGGAGAAGUUGAAGUUGAUCCAGUGAUAAGAAAUAUGGUCCAUGGAAUGCCAAUCGAAAGCACAGUGGAAUGUGCAAAGGCUAUUGUGGCUGCAGCAUCCCGUGGAGAUAAAUACAUCACAGAGCCAUGGUGGUAUAAUGUGUUUUACCCCUCAAGGAUCCUAUGCCCCGAGGUGGUCGAUUGGAGUUGUCGCUUGGUGCACUCUGUCAUGCCAAAGACCCCUUAAGAGAGAUUGAAGAUAGCUAUAUAUCAAGUGUUGGAGGCUAAUGAUGUGGUGAAUAAGUUUAGUACAUGAUUUGGUUCCUUAGAGCUUUCUACCAUUCAAAUCAUAGAAUGGAAACAGUGUAGGUAUGAGAGUUCUCCUUAGGGGACUCUAAAACUGCUUUUUGCUACUUUUCUUUCUAGGUGAAGAGAUUUAGAAACAGAAUUCAAUCUGUGUGUGUAAAUGGUACCAUAAAAAUCACAUAUCUUGAAGAGAUCAAGGCUUGCCUUGUUUCUUACACCAUGGGAUGGUUGGGCUCUUAAGAUUACCUCCCUUGAGUGCAAGUGUGGCAAAUUUUAUUUAGUUUGAGAGGAAGUUAGAUAAUUAGCAAGUUCUUGAUCUCAGAGGUGAUCAAUGAAAAGGUAAGACAAGCUAUGUUCUUUUUGAAGGACAACAAGGCAUAGCACGAUGUUCAGUUUUACUA